AUGCCGCCGUGGACCUCUCGAAUACUCCCGAGCACGUCGGCGUCGUCGAGCUCGCAUUCCAACCAGGUCCAUGCGCCGCCUCCUCCGUCUCAUCGCAAUGCCGUCGAGCCGGAUAGAACUGCACUCAUUGCCAUAGACUACAAUGUCCCAAUUCUCUCACCGACGACACCGACGGCGCCGGCCUUUUCCUCUCCAUCUUCACGCAAUCGCCGUCGACCCCAUGCCCGCUCCAUCAGCCAGCCGUUCCCCUCACUCAUGGAUGCAAGCGCCCUUCGAAAGACCGACAAGAAAGCCGCCGCCGUUAACCGGGACUUGGACGCAGAUUUUAGCGAUACUGAACCAUCCGGCUCGAACAAGGUACGGAGUCCCGGUGAGGAUCUGCCGCGCCCUGCUUCUACUAAGGGAGGGUACCAGCAUGAUGAUGUGGACAGUGAAGCACAUCCACCGCCGCCGCCGCCCAAAGAUGGUUCUCCUGAACGUUCGCUACCUGUCCCCAUAUCUAUCGAAGAGACAAGGAAUAUUAUCGACGGCUGUCUGUCGAGAUAUCUCCAGCGUUGCCUGUCUGGAAACCAAGAUUCUGAACCCGCGCGGCCGGACCAGAAGAUUCGUGAAACCAGCCAUAGACGACAGGAACCACAGACUGAUGAAAAGCAGGCGGCGCCUUCGAAUAUCCCAUUCACGCUCUCCAGCACAAAUUUCCUGUCUCCGCCUUCCAGUGGCGCAGAAGAUAUGGCACGGAGAGAUGGCCGUUCGAUGAGAUUUCGAUCAAGUUCGGACACUCCACCUUUGUCACGAAGACGCGGCCAUUCUGCUCAAGGUGAAAGAGAUCGCUCACCAUUGCGCCUAAACACAAAGGCCACGGAGCCGAAAACUCGACCGUCCAUGUUCCGUCCUUUGGAGGAGUACAUUAUUAGAUCCUUCACAGGUUGCGACUGCCUCAAUGUCUCUUUCAUGACCGCCAGUGCGCUUCGUACAAUCACGACUGCUCCCGAAGAUGAUCGCCCGAAGCAGCAGGUACUAAGUCCAACUUCUCCAACGUCUGAAAAUGUUCUGUUCCCAGAGAUCGAUCCGAAAAUGUUGCUGCUGGGCGAUCUUGCCGAAAACUCGUCUUGGUGGAUGGGCGGCCGGCCGCGCCGUCAUGAGAGUAAAGAGCCCAAAGACAGCGCCCCGCGACGAGACAAAUCCCCUCUCCGGCCAAAAUCUAUUGUGACGACAAGGUCUCCGCGGAUCGAAUGGGGAGCGGUAGCUGAAUGGUAUCAUUUAGUCCUACAUGCUGGGGAAAAUUGGAGAGAAACGUGGAAAAAUCUAAAACAAAAGACGAGUAUCGAUGGACAGAUCGAAUCGGGUGUUUCAGUUGACCUGAACCUGAUAGAAAAGGAGAUAGCGGAGGCACGAGUGCACGCCCAGAAGACCCUGUUUAAAGCGACUGAGAAUCUAUUAAAGCGUCCUCGUCGUCCGCUGCAGCGCCCUGAGCUGACCAGGUUCCUGCUCAUAUUACUCGCGAAUCCUGAGCUAAACCCUCUCAGUGGCAGUACGCCGGUGGCACCGAAUCUUCCUCCCCUAGAAAGUGUUGCGGAUAGCCAAAAACCAGUCCCCAAUUUCAGUAGACCGCAUGGGGCGGGCGAAAAGAAGGUUUCGACCAGGUCGCAAUCCAGUAGCCUUGGUCACCAUUCUGGAAUCGUCAAGAGAAUCUUGGGUCUGCUUGGAAACCUGCCCAAUGAAUGCCAUCACUACUUGGUAGGGUGGUUUGCGCGUCUGUCUAAGAGUCAAUUUGAGACAUUCGUAGGACUCAUUGGACGGUUUAUCACAUAUCGGCUGAGUAAACAGCAUCAUCAUCAUCAUCAUCAUGGUCGACAUCGCAGCGGAUCGGUGCAGCCUGUGAAUGGACUGGUUCCAAGUUUCCCAGGCGGUAUUGAGAGCUCACCGGCUCAUCUACACGCGGUGCUUCAUGACUCGCGCCCUCCAGGCCAGAGCAACGAGGGUAGCAGCCAUAGCCGACGAAUGAUGUAUAAUACAGACGACUGGCAGAUUCGAGCAGCGGCCCGAGUCAUGGCAUUGCUAUUCGCUGCGAACAACCAAGCCAAAACCUCAACUAGCAAGCGUGACGCUCUUCUCCCGAAGGAUUAUAAUGCGGCCACGGCGCCUCUUAUCUCUCAGUACAAGCGCAGUUCGAUGACGUUACCGUUGCAUUAUUUUUAUAACACACUGUUGGAUUACUCUGAUCUUGUUUCUGAUUUCGAAGCGUGGGAGGCACGGACUGCCAAGUUUUCGUUUUGUCAGUAUCCUUUCUUCUUGAGCAUCGCUGCAAAGAGCCGGAUUCUGGAGCACGAUGCUAGACGUCAAAUGUCUAUCAAGGCCCGGGAGGCCUUUCUGGAUAGUAUUCUGAAUCGCAAGGACGUCAGUCAAUAUUUGAACCUGAAAGUUCGGCGAGAUUGUCUUAUCGAAGACAGUCUGCGAGGUGUCAGUGAAGUGGUCGGCGCAGGGUCAGAAGACAUUAAGAAAAGUUUGCGAAUCGAGUUUAUUGGCGAGGAGGGCGUGGAUGCGGGAGGUCUUCGCAAGGAGUGGUUUUUACUGCUUGUCAGGGAGGUUUUUGAUCCUAAUCAUGGCCUUUUUGUUUAUGACGAGGACUCUCAGUAUUGCUAUUUUAACCCCUUUUGCUUUGAAUCUUCAGAGCAGUUUUUCCUAGUUGGAGUUCUUCUGGGCCUUGCGAUCUACAACUCGACGAUCCUUGACAUCGCAUUGCCACCCUUCGCAUUCAAGAAGCUUCUCGCCGCAGCUCCGGCAACUAGCAUACCGGCAGCCGCGCAAAAACCGCCUCAUGUCUCGUCACUCGACGAUCUCAGCGAGUAUCGACCAGCACUAGCCAAGGGCCUCCGAGCGCUUUUGGACUUUGACGGCCACGUCCAGGAGACGUUCUGCUACGACUUCGUGGCGCAGGUCGAUCGCUACGGCCAGAAUGUCAAAGUUCCCCUUUGCCCAAACGGAGAGAAGAAGCCAGUCACCAACACGAACCGCCAUGAAUUCGUCAGCUUGUACGUUCAAUACUUGCUCGACACGGCUGUUCAGCGGCAAUUCGAGCCUUUCAAAAGAGGAUUCUACACUGUCUGUGGCGGUAACGCGCUCGCAUUGUUCCGCCCGGAAGAGAUCGAGUUGAUGGUUCGUGGAUCCGACGAACCCCUGGACGUGCCUACCUUACGAGCGGUAGCUACAUAUGAAAACUGGCCUGCCCCGAAAGCAGCAGACUUGCAAGUCCACGCAACCACACAACCAUCAUCAUCCUCAACAUCCAAAGAACCCCCAACCACGGAUCCCCCCUCAGAACCAGUAAUAACCUGGUUCUGGGAUUUCUUCACGCGCUCCUCCCCUUCCAACCAGCGCAAACUCCUCUCCUUCGUAACAGGCAGCGACCGCAUCCCUGCCACCGGCGCCGCAAGUCUGAGUAUCCGACUCUCGUGUCUCGGCGAGGAUUGCGAGCGCUACCCGAUUGCGCAUACGUGUUUUAAUAAACUGGGGCUUUUCAGGUAUGCCUCCAAGCAGAAGUUGGAGAGGAAGUUGUGGGAUGCGAUUUGUAAUAGCGAGGGGUUUGGGUUGAAGUGA